CACUCAUCAUUCCGAUUCACUUCGUCAAUCGCCUUCAACACUUGUUAGAUAUAUACCCUUUUACUCUAAUCUGAUUCAUUCACCUUUACCGAAUAUCGGUCUUUUCUCAACCCCAUUGUCCAUGCUGGGGCAUACCGGCACAUCUACUCACGACAAUCUGCUUUACUGCCUGCUUUCGUCGGGCCCUACGACCGCUUAAAACUCAUUUCGAACAUAGAACAUCUUGAAUACCCUUUAUUACCCUUUCCACACAAACUAUGCCUUAUUCGUGUACAUCGGCCUUGCGAUCUGGUCGCCUUCUUCGACUCCAGGGCCUACCUCUGACACGUUCUCUUGCUUCGGCUGCACAUGCCACCAAGCCAUGCAUCGAUUCUGAUAAUUCCAUUCCUGAGCCCUCUACGGAUGGGCGCCCUGCCACGCUUCACCUCAAAUCCGGUCAUACCUUCACUGGUCGUUCGUUUGGUGCACCCAUAUCUAAAUUCGGGGAAGCCGUCUUCUCAACCUCGACAACCAGUUACCCGGAAUCUAUGACCGAUCCAUCCUACCGCUCACAGAUAUUAGUAUUCACCACACCGAUGAUCGGAAAUUACGGUAUACCAGUCAACAGACUUUCGGCUUCGCCUAUGCCCGUCCCAGGCUCUCCAGACUUGUUCUUGGAGUCUGACCGCGUCCAGUGCGCUGGUGUGGUGGUGGCAGAGGUCGCCGACAAAUUCUCUCACUACCAAGCCAUCGAAUCAAUCAGUAACUGGUGCCACCGCUUUGGUGUUCCCGGUAUCACCGGUGUUGACACACGCGCCAUCACCUCGCUCCUUCGACAGCAAGGUACCACCCUUGCCAAGAUUGCAGUAGGCGAUGAGCAUUCAACUGUUGUUGCACCUGAUCAAUUUUGGGAUCCGAGCAAGGUCAACUUGGUCGCUGAAGCUUCAACCAAGACACCCUACACACUCAAUCCAAGUGGCUCUGUGUCUAUCGCCAUGCUCGAUUUUGGCGCCAAAGCCAACAUCGCACGAUCCCUCGUCAAAGAAGGUGCAGCAGUGACCGUCCUCCCCUGGAAUACCCCCAGUUCAGCUAUCAUCGGCAAGUAUGACGGCCUAUUUUUGAGUAACGGCCCCGGAGACCCAAAACACGCCGGUGAGGCUGUACGCACCGUUCAAGAGGUUAUCACAUCCUCUUCAAUGCCUAUAUUUGGUAUUUGUAUGGGUCACCAAAUCAUUGGCUUGGCUGCUGGCUUGGAUGCCUACCGAAUGCGAUUCGGAAACAGAGGCCAUAACCAACCUGUGUUGGCUCUUGCAGACUCCGGUUCAGUAAAAGCUGGCCGUGUUUUCAUCACCUCCCAAAAUCAUCAAUACGCCAUUGAAUUGCGUGACCCAUUUCCAGCUGGAUGGGAGCCCUUUUUCAUCAAUUGUAAUGACUCUUCAGUUGAGGGCAUUAAAUCUACAGACGAGAGUGGCAGGAAAGUUUGGGGCGUUCAGUUCCAUCCCGAAGCUGCUGGUGGACCCCUUGAUGUGAUGGGCAUGUUUGGCGAUUUUGUCAAAGAAUGUCGGGCGAACAAAUAAAAUUUCUUCCUAUGCCAUAGCGCAUCAUACCCAAUCCCGGUCGUGAACGACUUCAAAAUAGCAAUGCCCGCCACGAUUUCUCCGAUCGGCAGAUUUCCUUUUAGCGUUGUAUUUCAAUUCUCUUCCCGUUUUCUUUCACCUACACUCGUCUCAUCAUGGUUUUAUUGCAGUUUUCCGUAUACCUAUGAUUUCUGUGAUCUAUCUAGCAUGUUUGACCAAUUCAAAAUAGCAUUCUAAUCUACUCUAUGAGGAAGUGUGACGAUAAAAAUGAAGUGAAUAAUUUAGCUUUGCAUGCCACGCUAGUGUGCUGAAUCCC